AUUCACUAUAUCUGGUCUCUCACGGUACACAGAACAUGGAAAUGCAAUUAUUUUAGUAAAUAUAAACUGCUAAAUACCUUUUCUCCUUCUAUCAGUCUCCAGCUGAGCACUGGUUACAGCUUGUAGAAGGAGUUUUCAUUCUCCUGUAGGAGGAUGCAGGACCCCUGACCUCUGUCUGGGCAGUGCUGUUUGGCUCUGUGCUGAUCACAUGCACUCUCCCAAAAAAAAAAACUCUAGCAAUACACACCAAACUGAACAUGUGCAGCUUUCUCCUGACCCUCUGUUCUAUCAGGAGAUAUUUAGGAGACACUGUAAGAAGGGGAGGAUCAGAGAAGACAGGAUCAAACAUUCUUUUUACACAAUGUGGAGGAUUGGCCUCUUAGGUUCCACAGUGAGUAUAACAAGCAUGCUUUACUGCAUAUAUAGACUGAUUUUACUGUUGUGGGUUUAG